AUGACAUUAACAAAAGUCUUAAGACUGACCCUUGAGGCUCUUAUUAGCUUGUUCGGAGUCGUUGGCAACAUUUUGGUAGUGAUUGUGAUAAGUCAUCUUGGAAAGAGAAAAAGACCAGGGGACUACUAUUUGCAAAAUUUAGCCAUAGCAGACCUUGGUACACUAAUAAUGACUUCUCCUCUCCUCAUUAUUAGAUUGGAAAUGCCUUUGAACUGGCCAUUUGGCGAGAUUGCCUGUCUCUACUUUUACCCUGUUGCGGAGAUUUUCUACGGUUCAUCUGUGUGGUGCAUAGCGGUUAUCGCAAUUGAACGCUAUCGGAAAAUGUCUUCAAUUGAAAUUUAUGGUCGAAACAUAACGCCGAUACAGAUAGCAAAACGUAUUGCCGCUGUUGUGUGGGUGAUAUCAUUUUUAACAUUAUGCUUUCCACUCUACUUCGUGGUUGAUUAUCAAGCCCUUUCGAAUAGGGGUCAGUUUUGCGGUCCGAUAAGAUGGACACAUUUCUUAGAGACAGUAUAUAUAAUCUGCCUUAUUCUGCUGACCUAUGUCAUACCUCUCGCUAUUAUAUCAUUUAGCUACAUCGAGAUAUCUCGUGUGCUGAGGCAGAGCAUUAAUAUGACCAGACCGAUGAAACAGGCACACCACUUGGCUAAGUCACAGAGCGACAAACGCGAUUAUCUGGUCAAUCUAAGCGGCGUUCGCCUGAGACAAAACAUUCGAGCGAAGAAAAUUCUGAGUCCACUUGUUGUGAUAUUCGCGAUGACAAUGCUUCCUUUAAACGUCUUUCGUCUGACGAUGGUUUUUUGGCCAGAAUUCUCCGAGCAAAUAUACUUUGCACAUUUACUACAUGCGGUGGUAGUUUCCACGAUAAUUAACUCGGCGGCAAAUCCUGUGAUCUAUUCUGUAGUUAGC